AUGUUCUCAUCAGACCUUGAGAAGGGCGCUGGCGCUCAUGCAUCCUCCAACUUUGAUCGAGACACACUCUCACACCCAACACCUGGCGACUUCCCACCGCAGUACGAGUCGCGCGUCAAUUACGAGAUGCAACGGUUUGGCGAGGCUGAGCCACAGGUCGUCGACAUUGACUACGACACGUUGGCUCCCAGCAAGCGCAAGCAGAACAAGCGCCCGAUGUGGCUUUGGGCUGUCAUCGCUGGUGCAAUCAUUGCAAUGAUCAUCGGCGCCGUCGUCAUCGCGGUCCAUGUUGUGAACCAGAAGCGAAGCCAGGAAAUCCAGGCAAGUCCAUCGUCUUCUGUUGCAGAGCCUUCAGCUAACACCACGCAGUCAGCUGUGGUCACCAGAUCAGAGCCAAACGCUUCGAAAGCUUCGAUGACCAUAUCACCCGAGCCUACGACCGUGACUAUCGAGCCAGUCACUUCUGUCGUGUACCUUACGGUCACACCACCAGCGCCGUCGACCACCACGGUCGUGAUUGUGCCAUCUGAGCCAACUUCGCUCUCCACUCCUGUCGUGACGGUCACCUCAACAGCGGUUGCAUCCGAGCCAACCUCGCUGUCAACUCCAACUGUGACAGUGACCGCGACAUUGGUCGCAUCGACAUCGACCAGCUCACCACCAACAGACACAGUCACUACAACGGUGUCAUUGAAUGCUCCAAUCCAACCAGUCUCGAGCACAGUCACCACGGUGUCAUUGAGGUUCCAGAAUCCUCCUACCAUGACAACGUCGAGCACAGUCACCACACGCGAUGCUCCACUCCGACCACUCCUCGAUCUUCCCAUCACCAGCGUCAUGACCGGCGAGAUCUCUCUCGGUACAAGCAGCGAAGCAGAAUCUUCCACGAGCAGCGAGACAGACGCUCCAUCACCUACCACGGAGACUGUGCCCUCGACUGUUGAGGAGAGUGUUCCGAUAGUAUCAACCGCGGAUCCAUGGCUCUACCGCUGCACAGUCCCCGGAACUUCGUGUGGCACGUAG